GCAUGGCGGCGUAGCGCGGGGCAUGGCGCUGCCGCGGCUGCGGGCGGCGCUGCCGGGCCUGGCCCGUCUGCGGGGCGCUGGGAUCCCAUGGAGUGUUCUCAGGAACUACUCCUCUGCCAGCGCCAAGGAGAAGGCAAGGAGGAAUGCCAUCUGUGAAAGGACAGAGCUGCUGGAAGUACUGAAAGCUCGACUGAAGCAACUCCAAGCCAGUAACGUUCCAGAGGUGACAGUCAACAAAGUGGAGCUGGCUCCGCUGGGGAAGGACAACCACCAGGUUCCACUGCAGCGAGUGAUGGUUCCAGGUCCAGCAGAGGAGCAGUCUGCUCCCAAAGGAAAAGAUGAGAGCCCGGCCCGGCCAAGCAGCUGGGUCGAGAAGUUGAAGAAGGAGAUGUAUGUCAGGCAAUUGAAGGUAGAGCGGAAGUUAUCCAUAGCUGCCUCCCAGGUGGCGUUAGAUGGACAGGCCAAGGCCAAAAUGAAGGGCAAGAUAAAGGCCAAAGCCAGAUCCAAGAAAAGCUUGAAGAGUCCAAAGGCUACAGUAAUGCCUAUGUGGAGCCAGAGCCCUGCUGGCCUCAGCCACGCCUAUGCCCAUGGCAAGCCCAGGAUGGCAGAAAUGAAAGAGGGUACAAAGAAACGUAAGCCUCAGAAGGUGCUGGAGGACAAGGAGAGCAGCCAGUACAAGAUCCUUCAGCAGACCGUCCUGUCUAACCUUGAAUGCUUCCAGUUCUUGCAUCAGCCAGAGGAGGCUGAGAGGUUCCUUCUCUUGUAUCACAGCUCUCCUGUGAAGAGAAAGCUUUUGAAUGUUGCUGCAUACAACAUAGUGAUGCGUAGCUGGGCAAGAAAGGGCUGUUUGCACCGCAUCAACCGGCUGUUUUCCAUGCUGCAGUCCAUCGGCCUCAGGCCCAACCUGGACUCCUACGCGGCAGAGCUGGAGUGCAUGGGCCGUGAUGAGUCUUCCGCCAAAGUCAUCGAAAGAUGUGUACAGCGUCUGAAGAAUGACGGCUUCCAUGUGGAUGAGCUCUUCCAAAAGUGCCUAUUUGAAGAAGAUGAGAAGGAGAAGGUGCUGAUUGCCAUCAGGAUGAUCCAGCCCAACUACCAGCUGCCCCCUCCACCCAACCCUGAGACCUGCAAGUCUACUUUGCUCCGGGACUUCUAUUCCAGAGAGAAGAUAGUGUCAUACCCCAAGCUGAAUUUUUCUGUGCAAGAGUUGCGAGAGUGCUUCCAGCAGCAACUGGAGAUGGAGCUGAACAACACCAUAACCAUUGAAUCAGUGGAGGCAACCAAACCUCUGACCUCACAAGCCAUUAAAGCGCGUAAACUGCUGGCCACCCUCCGUUCCCAGUGGCAUGACUCCAUCCUCCAGGCCCUGCAGAAGUCAAAGCACAGCAUGUCCAAGGUUAACAUGAUGUCAGGGUACAACGUUCUCUACCCCUACCUGUGCCUGCUGCCUGAUGAAGAGUAUGUGGGCAUCAUGCUGCAGGUCCUCAACACCCUCUCCCCACAAGGAGAAUCCCUGGCUAUCUUGGCCAGGGAACUAGGCUCAAAAAUCUACAACAGAUACAUUACCCAGAGGAAGCUGCGCAGUCGCCAGUUAGAUAAGGUCCAGGAGGUCUAUGAGGACUACAUCCACCUGCUGGCCAAGGAUGGCCAGCCUGACAAGUACUUGCCACGGGAAUACUGGGAGAAGCUGGUUGCAGAAGCAGGCUUUGGGCCUUCCCUGAACUUGAAGGACUGCAGCUGGCCAUACAUGCUUCUCAUGCGCCUAGGCAUGCACAUGCUGGAACUCCUUGUGCAGGCUGUCAAGGUGCCCAGGAAUAUCCUCAAUCCCCGCUUGAAGUCCAAACAUAUCCCUGUCCUCUACCACGUAUACUCCUUCCGCAACAGCUGGCAGGUUGGGCUGAUAAAGCCCCACCCAAUCUUCUCCCAGAUUGUGUCAGAUGCUUCUGAGACCAUGAUGACUUUCAACUCCUUUGUCAUACCCAUGCUGUGUCCCCCAGUACCCUGGACCUCCCCCCACUUUGGUGCCUUUGUCCUGAAUGACACCAAGCUGAUGCGCUAUGUAGAUGGGGCCAUCCAGCACCAGAUACUCCUGGAACAGUGUCCUCAGGUGAACCUCCACCCUGUGCUGGAUGCCUUGAAUCAGCUGGGUAAUUGUGCUUGGAAGAUAAACCAGCCAGUGCUGGAUAUCAUCAUCUCCAUCUUCAAUGACAAAGGCAAUGAGAAACUGGAUAUCCCACCACCCAUCUCUGAGGCCCCCAAGCCUCCUGUUGCUCCCAGCAAUUCAUCUGCCUGGAACAAGUCUCAGAAACAUGAGUUGUUGUUGUGCAAGAAGAAGACAGCUGAAAUGCACAGCUUGCGCAUGGAUGCACUCUAUAAGCUCUCCAUUGCCAAUUAUGUCAGGGACAAAGUGUUCUGGUUCCCCCACAACAUGGACUUCCGGGGCAGGACUUACCCUUGCCCACCUUAUUUCAAUCACCUUGGUAACGAUGUCACCAGGGCCAUUCUGCUCUUUGCAGAGGGAAGGCCAUUAGGGCCCAAAGGCCUUGACUGGCUGAAGAUCCACCUCAUUAACCUCACAGGGCUGAAGAAGAAGAAUGCCUUGCAGGAGCGGCUGGAAUAUGCCAAUGAAAUCAUGGAGGAGAUCCUGGACUCAGCUGAUCACCCGCUCACGGGCAGGAAGUGGUGGAUGAAAACGGAUGAACCCUGGCAAGCAUUGGCAUGCUGUAUGGAAAUCGCAAAGGCUUCGAGGUCUCCAGAUCCAGCAGCCUAUGUCUCGCACUUCCCUGUUCACCAGGAUGGCUCUUGCAAUGGUCUGCAGCACUAUGCAGCUCUUGGCCGGGACCUUAUUGGUGCAAUCUCUGUCAAUCUGAUGCCUUGCAAUGUCCCCCAGGAUGUCUACAGUGUGGUGGCGCAGCAGGUGGAGGAGUUUCGGAAAAAGGAUGCCCAGCAGGGAGUGAAGAUUGCCCAGGUGCUGCAAGGCUUCAUCAGCCGCAAGGUGGUGAAGCAGACAGUGAUGACUGUGGUGUACGGUGUCACACGCUAUGGUGGGCGGCUGCAGAUGGAGAAGCGUCUGAAGGAGAUUGAUGACUUUCCUGAGGAGUACUUGUGGGAAGCAUCUCACUACCUCGUGAAGCAGGUUUUCAACGGCAUCAAAGAGAUGUUCUCCGCAACUCGAGAUAUCCAGAACUGGCUGACGGAGAGUGCCAAGCUCAUUGCCCAGUCGGGACAGACAGUGGAGUGGGUCACCCCACUGGGUCUCCCCAUUGUGCAGCCCUACUACCGAACCAAGUCAACCGUGCUGAAUUGCAGUAUGCAGAACUUGAGUGUGAAAAACUCCAACAGCAAUCAGAAGCCUGAUACAGUGAAGCAAAAAAAUGCCUUUCCACCCAACUUCAUCCACUCCCUGGACUCCACCCACAUGAUGCUCACGGCUCUGCACUGCCUUAGGCAGGGUCUGACUUUUGUCUCAGUCCACGAUUGCUACUGGACUCAUGCGCUCACUGUGGAUGUCAUGAACCAGAUCUGUCGGCAGCAAUUUGUGGCUCUACACAGUGAGAAGAUCCUGCAGGAUCUAUCUGAGUUCAUGCUGAAGAAGUACUGCAGUUCAUCCAGCCCGGGAAGAGAGACUAAAGCCCUUUGGCAGAAGAAACUGAUGGAGCAGCUGUCGAAUGUCCCUAAGACAGGUGAGUUCAACCUGAAGAAGGUGAUGGAAUCCACAUAUUUCUUCAGCUGAGACCCUGGUGACCAGCAGCCCUGAGCUAGCUGUGGACUGUUGACCACCUCUGAUGCUGCGGUAGGAACUGGCCUCUGGCCCACGGGGCUCCUCUAUCCUGCAUCUCCUGUGGGAAAAGGGAUACAGCAGCCAGGCCAGCAAGAGACGUCCAUCCAACUCAGAAGCUGGGUGAACUGGGACUCCUAGAGGAGUACAGGAGCAGCCAAGAGAGGCCAGUGGGGAGAGGGGGCUGUGCUGUUGCAUCUGCUGUUAGUGCCUGCUUCCCUGGCAAGGGAAGAGUGUGCAAUGCCCUGCUGCUGUCUGGGGACUGGUGCUGCCAGCCAGUCCUGGGGAGGACCACAUCUCCCUGAUGCAGAGUCAAAGAGGUGAUGGAUAGAUGGUGCUGGCUCUCCUCCAUCCUCGCCUCAGCACUGCCAGGCUUCACAAGAGACAUCCCUGCCUGGCAAGCCCUGGUCCUGUGCCCUUGCCAUCCCCUCUCCUCUUCACCACUGGGGCUUGGACCUCCCAGAGCAUUAGGCCACUUCACUGCCCUGCUCAGGGGGCCAAAGCUGGCUGGAGCAGGAGCCUCUGGCUUUUCCUCACACUGCUCUUAGCCGAGCCCUGUCCUGCCUGUCCGUGAGGCCUGCCAGGAUGGGUGAGUGAUGCUCUUCAUGUGUCCCUGGCUGGCUGUUGGACACUAGCACAUCUCUCAGUAGCCUUUGCUGCUCCUGGCUGUUGCUUAGCCUUUUCAUUUCAAGGGAUCUGUUUAAAUUCUGCUGGCUGGAUCUCAGCCAGAGAAAAACUGUUAACACUGGGGCAGAAGUGUAUGAUACUGUAAAUAAACUUUUUUUUUUUUUUUUGAAAUACU